AACCCAAAACCCCCGGAAUUUAGAAAUGUUAAAGUUGAGAAGUAGGCUAUGCUUCCACAAUUUCAAACGAGGAUCAACUUUUGAAUCAACAAAAUAUUUACACAUGCGUCAUAUUGUUCACAUUUUUCAACAAGGACUGAGGAUAACCUUCUCCAGAAGUGCAUUUACCUUCCUCGCCAGACCAGGUGAAAGAAACAUGGCAACUGUAUCAAACACAGAAGGAGGAGACAGUGAGAGACUCGAAGAAAAAGAAAAUGGCAGAAAUGAAAAGCAAAUUGACCUUGGUGAAGUAAAUAUUGUUUCUGAGGGGAAAGCGCAGGUAUUAUUCCCAAAGUCUGUGUUCUAUAACCCAGUACAGGAGUUCAAUAGGGACUUAACGAUACAAGUGAUUAAACAUUUUACAAAAAAAUAUAUUCACAAUAAACAAGAGAAAGAAAAGAAAAAAGCAGAAAAACAAGCCGAUUCAAGCAUGGCAGAUCCAGAAAAGUCAAGUUUGCCAUAUAUCGAUGUUGAGAAUUUAAAACCGGGUGAACAUUAUGAAAGAGGAGUGAAAAUUUUGGAAGGAUUAGCCGCGUCUGGGUUGAGAUCAAUGAGAUUUGCACUCGAGAUACCAGGUGUACAAAAAAUCGUAGCAAAUGAUUUUGAUGCCAAUGCUGUAGAAUUUAUCAAACAGAACAUAGCUAAAAACAAGGUAGGUCACAUUGUUGACUUGAGCUGUAAUGACGCUUCAAUGGCGAUGUACUCAAAUAGACGAUUUAGUUCGAGAUAUGAUGUCAUAGACCUUGAUCCUUAUGGGAGUCCAUCCAAGUUUCUAGAUGCAGCUGUACAAGCUGUUGCAGAUGAUGGGCUUCUGUGUAUCACAUGUACUGAUAUGGCUGUCAUGUGUGGCAAUGGUGUAGAGGCUGGCUUUGCUAAAUAUGGCUCUAUGUCCCUGAAAGCAAAAUUCUGCCAUGAAAUGGCUCUCAGAAUAAUUUUAAACAGUAUCGAAACUCAUGCUAAUAGAUAUUCCCGAUACAUAACCCCUAUGCUGUCCAUAAGUGCUGAUUUCUAUAUCAGAGUGUUUGUGAAAGUAAAUACUGGUCAAGGUAUUGUGAAAAAAUCAAUAGCAAAACGAUCUAUGGUGUACCACUGUGUUGGAUGUGGAACAUACAAAUUACAACCCAUAGGGAAAUUGACACCAACAGGAAAGGAUGGUUUGAACUUUCGUUACACCCCUGCCCAGGGACCUCCCACUGGUCCCACCUGUGAGCACUGUGGUAGUAGACACAAUCUUGGAGGUCCUAUAUGGUCAGAGCCAAUACAUGACCAACAAUUUGUGGAUGAAUUAAUUGAGAACUUGACUAAGGCAGAGGAAAAGCCUAACACACAUGAACGCAUAUUAGGUGUAUUGAGCAUGGUAUCUGAAGAACUCUCUGAUGUUCCACUGCACUACACAUCUGAUGGCCUUUGCUCUAUCAUUCAUUGUACUUCACCUGAUUCAAUGCAGUUUAGGUCUGCGAUACUUAAUGCUGGGUACAGGGUAUCUUUUACACAUACAGCAAAGAACUCAAUAAAAACAGAUGCACCAGCACAUGUUCUAUGGGACAUUCUCCGUGAGUGGGUGAAGGAAAACCCUGUAUCUUCGAAGAGACUAACCGAGGGUUCUGUAGUGAAGAAUCUGCUUGAUAAAGAGAUUACAACAAAGAACAUAUCAUUUGAGCUUCAUCCAGAUGCCAACCCUGCCUCUAGACAAUCUAAACUUUUGAGAUGGCAGCAGAAUCCAACGAAGGAUUGGGGUCCAAAGCCACGGGCCAAGCAGAGUGGUAAAGAUGACAAUGUCGCAGAAAAGAGGGAGAGGAUGCAAAAUAAGAGAAAAGAGAUGAAGGCUGUUGACGAACGAGAUUUGAAGCAGUACCCAUGCAAACGCUACAAAGUGGGGGACUGUGAACAUGGAGAUGCAUGUACUUACACUCAUGAUGAUAACACUGGAAUAUCAAAAAAUUAAAAAUUAAGAUAAUUAUUAGAUCUUUGUAAGGCUGUAAAGCAAUUACAUUUCUUGGAAAAGGCUCAUUUUUUACAAAUUGGCAACUUUUCUUAAUGGUCACUCUGAAGUUUUGAUAGCUACUUCCGGAAGCAAAAGUACAGUAUAGCUACCAUCAUGAAAUCAUGCAAUAUUUUUUUAAAUAUAGUGUUAAAAAUAUAGAAAAUGGAAGGUUGAAAGACAAGGAACAAGGUUUAGCAACUAUAUAUAAAUCUAUCGUAAAAGCUAAAAACAUUCUGAAGCAUGUGAUAGCUGCAAUUUUCACAUUAAAUUAAUCGCAAUUAAUUUUUUUUUAUUUCAGUUCAUAAUGAUAUGUAUCAAAAUAUAUGGAUAUGAAUCUUAUUAAAUUUUCUGUUAUUUUCAAAGCUUAGAAAAAUUUCUUCAUGUAGAAAGUUAUGUAAUUUUCUUCUAAAAUUGAAA